CUUCCUUUCUUUUAAAAGCCAUCCAAAGCACACCUCAAAAACCAAAAAACGGAACAGUUUCAGCAAGAAAGCAAGCAAGCACAAGAUCUAAGAAAAAGAAACACAAAAACAGAGAAGAGAAAAAAUUGAAGAAGCAACAAAUUCUUCCUGCAGAACAUGAAGUCAAGGGAAGCCAAAGGAGCUCUUUCUGCAGAUCUAUUAGUGUGUUUUCCUUCAAGAACCAGUCUAAAACUGAUGCCCAAGCCAAUUUGCAGCCCAGCAAGGCCCUCAGAGCCUAACAAGCGCCACCAGUACAACCAGAACCACCAUCACCAACCUCACCACCACCAGCAGCUCGUCAAAAAAUCAAGCAUUGGCAAAAGCAGUCUUGGCCAAGCAAGCCCUCUGUUGUGGGCCAAGACCAAGCCCAUGGGCUCUGAGAUCUCCGAGCCCACGUCCCCAAAAGUCACCUGCGCUGGCCAGAUCAAAGUCAGGCACAAGUCCGGCUCGUGCAAAAGCUGGCAGUCAGUGAUGGAGGAGAUUGAGAGAAUUCACAACAACAAGAAACAGAGGAAACAGAGACGACCCGGUUGGGCAGAGGCUCUCGGGUUCAAGAAAGAAGUCAUGCAAUUCUUGACUUGCUUGAGAAACAUUCGGUUUGAUUUGCGGUGCUUUGGUUCUUUUCCUCAACCGGAUAUUUCUAGCGACGAGGAUGAAGAAGAAGAAGAGGAAGAAAACAGGGACUGUCGAGAAAACCAUGUGGGUGGUGAGGAAAUUAGCGACGGUGGUGAUCAGAGUAGCUCGAGGGCUAUGUUUUCAAAAUGGUUUAUGGUUUUACAGGAAAAUCAGAGUAAUGGGUUUUGCACAGAAGAUAAAAAGGAGAGAAAUGAUAGGCAGAGUUUGGAUGACGAGGUUGGAUCAACUUCUGAAGUUCCAGUAGCCUCUGUUCCGCCACCAAAUGCUCUGUUGCUAAUGAGGUGCAGGUCUGCUCCUGCAAAGACUUGGCUAGAAGAGAAAGAAAAAGAAGAAGAGGAAGAAAAAGAAGCAGAAAACAAAAAUGGAUUGGAAAAAGAAGAGAAAAAGGCCAAAGUUACUUUGAAGAGCUUAAUGGAGGAAGAUAAACAGAGAAAGAAGACAGAGAGUUUGGUGCUGAUGGCAUAUGAUUCUGAUUUCUACAAGAUUUCUUCUGAUAUUUCCAAGGAGACAUGGGUUGUUGGUGGAAUGAAAGAUGCAAUUUCCAGAAGUCGAAGUUGGAAGAGAUGAAGAAGAAGAAGAUGAUCUCCUUUUUUUUUGUUUUCUUUUUUUUGGGUGUCAAAAGAAAAAUAUGGUAUUUUUUUUCUUUAUUAAUUCUCUGGCUUGAUUUGGUUUUGUGAGCUUUUUGUCCACUGAGUUAUUCUGUGGGAACUGGUAAAUCCAAAGCUCCUUUAGCUUACUUUUGCUUCAUUCUUGUUGCUAUAGAUUUUAGUAAGGGAGCUUCACUAAUAUACCCAAAAUACGAGCUGAAAUUAUAAAAAAA